UAAGAAUUCCUUGUUAUGACUAAAUAACAGCUUUACAUGCGUCUGGGACAACCUGAAUUAUGUUUUCUCACAGUUUAAAAUCACAAUAGAGAUUUUCUCUUUUAUAACCCAGUACAAUUGAGGGCUGCAUGAGGUUUCUAGUGGUGCUGUAGGUAAACCUGUCACAUGAUUGCUGCGUCUCUUCCUGGGCAGCAGAGCAGCUUCAUGUAAACACGCCGCGCGCACAGGGCUUUGUUUCACACACACAUCACACACACAUCCCCCCGUAUUAUAGUCAUGCCAUGGAUAUUUUGUGGCAAUACCAAUUCAGGAUAAUUUUACUCGGAGAUUCCACGGUUGGGAAAUCGUCGUUGCUGAAACGCUUCUCGGACGGGAUCUACAGUGAUGUGGCGGAUCCCACCGUGGGGGUAGAUUUCUAUGCCCGAUCGCUUGAUAUCGAGCCCGGGGUGAAAAUCAAGCUGCAGCUCUGGGACACGGCUGGACAGGAGCGAUUCAGGUCCAUCACAACAUCGUACUACCGUAACUCUGUUGGCGGGCUACUCGUCUUUGAUCUGAGCAACCACAAGACCUUCGAGCACGUGAGGGAGUGGCACAAGGAGGUGAGUGAGCACAUCCUGCCGCACCACAUGGUCUACAUCCUCAUCGGCCACAAGAGUGACCUCAGCAAGGACCGCAAGGUGAGCCGGGACGAGGCGGAGCAGCUGGCGGCCGAGAUGGGCAUCCGCUACGUGGAGACGUCGGCCAAGUGCAAUAGCAACGUGGACCGCGCCUUCGAGCUGCUGACCAGAGACAUCUACGAGCUGAUGAACAUGGGCGAGAUCGUCACCCGCGACGGCUGGGACGGGGUGAAGAGCGGCCUCACCGCCAAGGUGCUCUACCCGUCCGAUGACGACGACGUACCGGCCGCCGUCGCCGAAAAGGGCUGCCACUGCUGACUGAGAACUGUGUCCAAACACUGCCCCCCCCCCCCCCCCUCGUCUCACAGCCAUCGAAACCAAGUCACUCAGGCUCAGUGAUAUCACUUCGUCACCUCGUGCUUCUCUGUGUGGGUUCUUCUUCUGACAACUGGGGGGGUUUUCUAGCCAUUGUACAUCCCCCAAUGUGUAUCUAAAUAGGCAAGUUGUCUCUGAAGCCAUCUGGCGUUACAUGAGCUGGGCCUUGUAGGGUUGGGAAAAGAACAGAAAGCAUGAAACUUGAUCAGAUCUUUGGGUUUAGGCUGCAUUCACACCAAAUUGGGCGUUUUUGACGAUGAGAACGGGAGGGUUACUUAUUUGGCCACAAAUGGACCACAGUUGGCCGACCAAUGGUGACAUUUAAUGCGAAACGCUCCUAUGUCCGCAACCGAAACACGCUUCCAACGUUCUCCUUCUGACAACUGGGUUUUUUUCUUGCCAGUGUACAUCUCCAAAUGUGUGUCUUAUACAUAGGCAAUUGUUUUCUUUUUUAAGCCAUGUGGCGUAGCGUGAGCUGAGCUGAUUUGGGCCUUGUUGGGUUGCGGAAAGAGUGCCUAUGUGAAGAAAUAUUGGGCGUUUCUGGUGAUUUGCAUAGUGGCGUUGUUAAAAGGUGAAAUGUAAUGCCAAACGACUGCUAAGCUAUUUACAUCUUUUGUCAGGGUUGUACAGCUCUCGGUUGACGCUUAAGUAUUUUUUUUGUGACCCUAUUUCCGCAACCUAAACGCACUACCAACAUUACAAUGAAUGGGAAAACCAUGCAUUGUGCAGCAGUGCCUGAUUUGGUGUGAAUGCCUUCUUACCCAACAUUGCUUUCUACGGCCCUGAAACUAAAGGACUUCUGAGUAUACUACAAUACAUUUCAUAAAGCACUAUUGUGGGUUUCUAUCUGUCAAAGUUUGUGCAAUGCUUUGCCUGCGACUGUUUGUGACUGUGAAAUUGUAAAUAAUAGUGAAAUCUAUGGAGGGGAAGGGCCACUGAAAGUAUGUUACGUGAUGAACAGUGCACUCUAAGUGUCACCAUGUUAAAUCGAUGUGCUCCUCAUGCUUCUGUACGUGCACUUACGCCAAACUGACUCAGACCUUUGAUCAUCCUGUGAAUAGAUGGGUAAUGUUUUUCUAAAGAAAAUAAAUAGAUUAUUUCUA